GCUGGGACCCACAGUGUCUUAGCUGUUCUCUGCACACCCUUCCCACUCCCACAGAAACAUUGGCACAGGCUUCCCUUGCGCUCCCUGUAACACGCCCCUUGCCGUUCUAGUGAUGCUGUAGUCUGGGAGGAAGAUAUGGAGUCGGAGCUGCUAGGGGAGACCCCUGUGUGCUCCCCGGCAGAGCCAGUGCACUGGCAGUUCCUGACUCUGUUGGACACUGUGGGCAGGCGGAAUGGACAGGUGCUAGUGAUGGAGAUGGAUGAUGUACAUGAGGCAGCCCCGCUCGUGCAGAUGGACUUUGCCCAGGAGCUCUUCAGAGGGAUCGACCUAAAGACCAAACUCCACCGGAAGGAGGAAAUCAAGGAGGAAGAGCAGGAGAUGCAACCGCAGCUGGUCUUCAUGCUCUGGCAAGCUGCCACGCUGAGGCAGCUCAUGCAGUGGGAACACCUGGAUGAAACACUCUGGAACUUAAGGAAUCUCUUUCCCUGCAUGCCAGCGGCUCUGGUCCUGGUGAUGAUCCAGCCAGACCUGCAGCACCAGCAGGUGGAACCAGGACGGGCAGCCGGGGCACUAAGGAGAAUGCAGUGCUUGCUGGAUGGUGGCUUCCAGGAACUGGUGGUGGAAGCAGCUGUUUACAGCCCAGGCCAGCCAGAUGGGACCCUGGAGGUCAAGAGAGCUGCCUGCAGAGCCCUGAGAGAAGUUCUGAAGGGCCAAGAAGAAAUGACUCCCCAGGAUCCAGUUACCAUCCGACUCAGCCUGGGGGUGUGCAACACAGGAUACGAAAGACGGUAGGAGGACAGGCUCCCUUAGGCCGCAUUGCGAUGUGCCUGGAAGCUCCUGUAUCCAGCUAAGAUCUGAACUGCCACCGAAAAAAAAAAAGAAAAAAAACUACACAACAAAAAACCCCACACAUUAAAAUUUGGAGUUUAUUCUCUGCUUGCAUGCCUGUGUGUAUGUAUAAACUUCAAACCGUUUAUCACUUAUAGCAGGGCAGACAAAACACCCUGGGACGGUGUUCAUGUAAGGAAUUAUGUAAGGACACUGGACUCAUCUUUAUAUUUACAGCUGCUUAAAUAUUUAUUUUAAACCCUUGACAUAAUUAAAUAUUUUUUUAAAUA